GAUUACCCACUUUUUCCACCACCACACUGUGACCAAAUCAUCAAAUUUUCCCACUUUUCCCUCUUUUCCCACAUUUUCCCCCACCCACAUUGUGGAUGGUCUAAGAGACUAAAAGAAGUCAAUAUUAGAAUGACUUAAAAAUAAGUAUACGAGCAUAUUAUGCGGAAAAAAAAACAUUCGACAAUAUAAUUAAAUGUGUUGAUUAACAGGAGUAUUUUGUUAAUUUCAAAAGUCAAGUUGAUUUGUUAUCGAAUAUGUAAAUUUUUUAUAAACGAUAAUAUGUCAUCACUUAACCUCUCAAUUUGCUUCCAUAAGUGAGAUACUACACCGAUUUUUUGCACCAUAAAUAAACGAUGAUGAAUCAUGUACAAGUCAUUUUGUAAAUGGUGAAUUGUGAAGUGUUUAAUUAGAAAUUAGGGAUUGCUCGUAAAGUAUUCAAUUAGAAAUUAGGGACAGGGAUAAAUGUGUCAAUUUAGUAUGUUUUAGGGUGAUAAAAUUUAAAAUGUAGGACGACGAAUAGCGAUUCAGUAUAAGCAUAAAUAUUUGUUGGUUUAUGUACCGUUUCACUCCACUAAACAUAGUUUAGUGACGGAAUUGAACACAUAAAUAUACUUCAGAGACCAUUUGAUCUUCUUUAUUUAACUCUUUGCCGAAGAAGAAGUAAAAAAGUAAAACUCGAACUUCGAAGGAAGAGGGAAGAAAGAUCGAGACUUUGUGCAUUUUCACGGCGGAUCAGGAGACAAACGAUCGUCCGGCGUUCCCCGAGAAACCAGAUCGCGGUAGAACUCUAACACCGUUGAUCUUUUUCCCGCCGACCAGUCUCGCGGUAUCUCCGCCCCCAUGUCGCUAGCCGUGUUGCGGUGAAGAAUUAGAAGAGCUUGGUGAUGGUUCGAUCGUGAACAAAGGCAGCCAAGAAGAAGAAGAAGUAGAGGAAGAAAAGGCAGAUCGAUUCCGUGAAGCUCGGGCAAUCCGCCGCUGCUUGACCCCCUUCGGUUCCCGCCCUUACCCGCGCAUUGUGGCCGGGGGGCUGUCAAUUGCCGCCGCUGGUCGAGCUUCUGCGUCCCUGGUAUUGUCUCUUUCCUGAAGCUUCGUUUGAUGCUCUAACGAACUUUAGUUGUUUAAUUCACGAGAAGCAGAACUGCUUACGAAUUAACACGGGUUAGGAGUAGAAAGUUGCUUGUUUCAAUGAGGCCUUGUGGUUCAUUGCUGUUCUGGGUAGUAGGGAAGUGAUCCACUUCAGGGUUGCUAGAUUUCUUGAUUCAAUGUUAACAACAAUCUUAGAGGUGCCAGUGGCUCGAGGAAUAGGCGCAAAUAGUGUCGAUUCUGUACUCGAUGUCAUGUUGAUCUGAUAGUUGCAUUUCAAGGUGGAUUCUACCAACUGUAGUUAGUAUAGACAAUAGAGUUCAAUCAGAAUGGGAAACUAUAUGCUUAUUUGCUCUCCCCUUAGACCCCCAUGCGAAAUUCAGGGAGCUAUAGACAAUCUUCUGUGUUCAUCACGUUCUUUUGCUGCAUCCUAUCUUUACUGGUUGUCUUCCUAACAUGUUUUAGGAUUCGGUAGUCGGCUUGCUUUAGCAUUCUCAUUUGCUUCUAUGUCUUCUGAGAUUGCUACCUAUUCACAUAAAUCCAUGCUCUUGAUAGAAAAGAAGUAUAAUGAAAAGUGAAAACCAUAUGUCUUUGCCCAUUCUGAACUUCACUUGACAAGCUCUUACUUACUUUCAGGUUCGUUUGUAAGAUCUGCCAUGGACGCUCGAGAAGGUAAGGCCAAGCCUUGUCUUUGAGACAUACUUCCAACUAAUUGAAAGGGAACUCAAUAGAGUUAUUGCUGAUGGGGAGGCCACUUUUCUACGAGAUACUGGAAAAACCAGCCACAAGCUGCAUUAUAGCAUUCUGCACUGCAAUAUGGUUUUACCUACAGAAGAAAAACCUCGGCUAUUCACAAGUUGGCUCAAGUUACGAAACAGCAGUAGAAGGCCACCAUUGGAGGAUAAUCACUUCAGCAUUUUCACAUAUCAGCAUUAUUCAUCUGGUAUUCAACAUGAGUGCUCUUUGGAGUCUUGGAAUAGUCGAACAGCUAGACCACAUGGGCCUUGGCUCACUAUACUAUCUCCAGUACUCGCUCGUGUUGGUUGUCUUAUCUGGCGUGCUAGUGAUCGCCAUGUACCACGUACUGAUAAAUAGAUUCAAGGUGGAGUAUUUCAGAAGAGUGACAGCUGUUGGGUACUCUUGUGUUGUCUUUGGGUGGAUGACGAUUCUCUCUGUGAAGCAGCCCUCCACAAAGUUGAACCUCUUUGGACUUCUCUCUCUUCCUAUCAGUUUUGCGCCGUUCGAGUCGUUGAUCUUCACUUCGAUAAUUGUUCCUCAAGCGAGUUUUCUUGGCCACUUGUCUGGAAUAAUUGUCGGGUAUGGUAUUGCUUGGGGUUUGAUCCAUGGGAUGAACAACUUCUGGGCUAUCUCGAUGCUGGCCUGGAUCGGAGUCGUGUUUGUAAUCAGUCUGAAAAAGUCUGGAACUUUCGAUUUCGAGUUUCUUGAGAUUGAGUCGGUAACAGAUUCUUCGUUGCCUUCUGUGAGGUUUCUUGGAAAUGGUAGAGUUUUGCAGAUGGGUUCAGUUCCAGUUGCUGGUACAGAACUUGUGUGAUCAUGAAUAUGCUAUAUUGGUCAUCACUCUACUUUGGUGAUCGAUCAAGUUCUUAUGCAUCAGUUAUUUUUUGGCGUGGCUUGAUAGUCUCUUCUUCCACUGGACUGUUAAAUGCUAUGUAGUGCAGCUGUUGUAAUUGUCUGAGGGAAACCGAGUCGCCUAUUAUUUGCAGACAAGUAACCUUGUACGCAUAGGUUUCUCGAGAAAUUCUUGUAUGACCCUUUUGCAGAAAGUAAGUACACUAACUUCCAGCUUGGCCGGACUUACUGUUUUGUCAAAUACUAAGUAGAGAAACAGAGAUGGUAAAUGCUUAACCAGUCGACCAUUUGUAGCUUGGAGCUGGGAAUGGAUUUUGUAUGGUUCACUUUCAGUUUAGCAUUUUGAUGUUUGGCUUUGUCAUGUGAUUGUAUUAGUAUGGUUUACCAUUGCAGUAUCAGCAUGCCAUCGAGACAAUUCAAUUUACUUACCAUUAACAUUAACCCUCAAAAUUGUAUAUUUGAAUCCAACAAAUAACAUCUACAUUUAACU